GUGUUUGUGAAUUUCCCUUGAUGGCGUCCGUGCGCAUGAAAUGUAAAUAUGUUCAACUCAAGGUUUAUGUUCACGUCUAUUAAAUAGAUGUCACGGUCAGUUUGCAUACGUAUUUCAUCAAAAGACGACGGGCAAGUUCUUGUUCCAUGGACUUUUGUGAAUUUCAAUCAUGUUUCAUACACUGCGAAUGAAUUACUGAAUGAUAUCCUGUUGGGAAGAGUCAGUUCAGUAGAAGUGAAAACAACCUGCAAAAACUACAAGUUGCAUCAUGGAAUCGCUUCAAGCUCCUUUAAUUCUACUGAAGGAAUUAAGUUUGAUGGAGAGCAAAAUCUUGUUGAAAAAGUGGACAUUUUUGAGACACGCUUCUUUGGGCUGGUUAUUUCCCACAAGGAAGACUGUGAGAUAUGUUCAUCACAAGUGCAAAUACAAGCAGCAAAACCAAAUGCUUUUGAAAUUAUGUUGGCAGCAGCAAGAGAACAACAAAGUGAAAAUGUACCAAGAAGAUAUUCAAGUCCAGGCACCAAGAAGGAAGAACUCCAUAAUAAAGUAUUAGAUUGGUUCCAAGAAAACUGCUGCGAGUUCCCCAGAAGUGUACCACAAAGUGCAAAAUCAUUUGUUGCUAAAAUUUGCAACAUUGCAUGGUACCUUGAUGGACACCAUGGCAAGAUCGAAGGGACACUUCCAUCCAAAUUUCCAAAAAGCUUCAAAAAUCUGUCUGGUUUCAACUUACCUGAGCUUUCAAAACACCGCAAACGCUCUAUCAGCAACAUUUCUGAAAAUAAGCUAAAAGCAAUGUGUAUUGAGUUGAGGGAAGUUAUACAGUCAUUAACAUUUCUAAAUAACAUUGGAUCUCCAUGGAAUGACAUUAAAUGCGAAAUUAUCCAAGCCAUCUGCACAGCUGAAGAGUACUGUGUGUUCCUAAGCAACAAGGCCAAGAAGAUCAGCCUAUCUCAGUUCAGGCCAAAAACCAACCUUGAACUGAAGGCAAAUGUCAGUGUUGUACCAGAAAACAAAGGACACCUGAAGGAUUAUUUAUUGGAAUUAAAUAAGAAAGUGGAAAGUUCUGAGCUAUUCACUCCUGUGUCUGUGCGUGAGUGUUUACCUGCUGGUACAAGUCGGCAGUAUGCUUACUUGAUGAUAGAAGAAUUGAAGUCAACUGGGCUUAAAACAAAGUCGGUGCUGUAUACUUAUUAUCCUGGUGGGCCAAAGCAGGCAUUGCAUUUCAUAUGGAAAAUUGAAAAUGGCCUACCUGAAAGUGAGCUGUUAAAUCGGUGUACUGCACUUAUCAAGAAGAUAGAGAAUGACAUGCCAAAGUUUCUAUCCAGACUUCGGAAACGUGAAUUCAAGCAUAUGUUUGGAUUCUGUGCAAGCCCAGUAGCAUUACGUGCUAUGUUCCGUAACCUGACAAGUGAUUGUUCUGCUACAUCAGAUAUAGACAAAAGGUUUGAUUAUGCAGUUAGGGCUGAAGAUGCAGGAAUUAUUGUAGAUCUGAGAAAUGUCAGUCCAGAAAGAAAGAAGGACACAUUUGCACAGUUUUUUCAAGAAACCGAGCGGUAUUUGUCUGAAGAUGUAGGUGUUACUGUUAAUGACCGAAGACAUGGAGAGCAACUUUAUCUUGCAAAGGCCCUGAGUUUUACCGAUCUACACAAGCGUGUUGCCGAAAGGCUACCUGAAGGGACACCAACACCUUCAGUAAAGUGGUUACGCUAUCAAUUUCAACCUCUAAAUCCAAAUGCAGUGACAGCCAAGUACUUUAAAGGCACUCUAAACAUUAAGAUGAUGGUUCAAAAACGCCAGGUACGAGUCAAUCAUGUGGACUCCCACUAUUGUGCAGCAAUGUGGCGUUACAUGAGAGAGUUUGCAGUGAUGCACCGUGAUGUGGUGGAACUGGUUUCUAUGGACGAUAAACACAAGAUUAAAGUGGGUGAGCCCAACUAUCCUCUAGCUGCUGCCCAAAGAGGUAAACAAGUUUUGGUUGGAGUAAACCAAACAAUGGCAGUGGGAGAUCACGAUUUUAGCAAGAGUACACUCACUCCUUCUGUGAAUCUGAUUAUUGAUAUUCCUGAAACUAUCAAUGGCAGUUUUUACAGGGGAAAUGUAUAUGUUGCAUUUAAAGAUGCCGUGUUUGAACCAUCUUCGCCUCUGCGUCAUUCAUCUGAACUUCUGCAAAUUUUACAAGAAAGAGGGGAGUCAAAACCAGUGUUACUUCUUUAUACUGAUGGUGGCCCUGACCACCGGUCAACCUACAUGUCUGUAAAGUUGGCACUAAUUGCUUUGUUUAAAGCACUCGAUUUGGACAUGCUUAUAGCCCUCAGAACAGCCCCAAGCAAUUCAUGGGCAAACCCUGUUGAGCGAGUGAUGAGUAUUAUAAAUAUUGGCCUGCAAGGUGUUGGUGUUAUGCGUGAGAAGAUGAGUCCUGAAUUUGAAAGGGCUGCAGCGAAGGCGAAUAGUGUCAAGGAAAUGCGUAAACAGAUUACUGACAACCUAAAGGAGGAAUUUCACUUGUCUCUAAGGCAGCCAAUUGACCUGUUGAAGGGUCAAAUGUUAAGAUUAGGACUUAAAGAAAAGCCUUUACAGACAUUCGAGCCUUCUACAGAGGAUAACAUCAAUGAACUCUGGCAGCACUGCCUGGCAAUUCAGAAGGAAUUACAGAGAGGACAUACAACUCAAAAAGAUGUGAAAGACCUAUCUCAGCUCCAGAAAUAUCUAAAGCAUUGUUGCAUCCAGAGCCAUUAUGGUUUUCAAAUUAAAAAGUGUGGUAAUAAUCAGUGCGAGAUGUGUGGAGCUUUGAAGGAUGAAAGAACAAGAAAUAUCAAGACAUUACCAUUCCCAGUCUUAUCAGAAGACAAAGAGCAUUAUAAAAAAUUUGAACAGGUGUAUGGUACUAAAACCACUGAAGCACGGCCCAGUUUAAAAGUGAGAACCCCAAAGGAAAAAAAGAAGCUUCCAUUCUCCCCAUCUGUACAGCAUGCUAGAAACACUGACACAAUGGUGCAAUGUGAAGAGUGUGAGAAAUGGAGAUUAGUUUUUUCAAGAAAAAAGUUAAAAAGGCAGCAAAAAGAAAAGCUUGACCAGCUAUUAGAUGACAUCUCUUACACAUGCGGGUUUACGUUUGAUGAUGUAAUUUUACCAUCAGGGCUUGAUGUCUAUAUUAAAGAUGUGGACUGUGCUGACCACAUUGAACGACUGUAUUACAGCUGUGGUUAUGAACCAAUAUGUAUUUUUUGUGGAGAGUAUGUGGCUACAGGUGAAGAAAAUGAGGAGGCAUACCCCCAGUGCCAGGAAUGUGAUCAUGAGCCUAUGAGCAAGAGAGUAUAG